UGGCCCCACCCACAUUCCGGAAUUCACAUGAUGCCUGUUUGCUUCCUCGCACACAGCAAGGGAGGGGAGUCACUCCGGAGUAUAUUUGGAGGUGGGCGCGGUCGUGUCUCUUACAGUUGCUGGAGCUGAAACUCCGUAGGACCCAUCAGCUGCAAGAAUGUCGUCUUCGGAAAGUGCUGCUGUUGCUUCUACAGUAACCGAAGAACAAGACCCGAAAAAUGUAGCGGGCAGGGUAGCCAACCUACCACUGGUCAGUUCUGCCUACAACAUGGUCUCUGCAGCAUAUACUUCCACGAAGGAGAGCCACCCUUAUGUGAAAUCCGUCUGCGACGUGGCCGAGAAAGGCGUCAAGACCAUUGCUUCAGCGGCUGCCAGCGGUGCUCAGCCCAUCUUGAGCAAACUCGAGCCCCAGAUUUCAACAGCCAACGAGUUUGCCUGCAAAGGGCUGGACAAGCUGGAGGAAAACCUGCCGAUUCUUCAACAGCCCACCGAUAAGAUCAUUUCGGGCACCAAAGAUCUGGUGACCUCCACCAUGACGGGAGCCAAGGACGCCAUCAGCAGCACGGUCUCGGGUGCGAAGGACGCCGUUGCCAGCACCGUGACCGGGAUGGUGGAUCGAACCAAGGAGGCAGUCCAAGGGGGCGUCGAGAUGACCAGGUCCGCAGUGGCCAGCGGAGUCAACACAGUGAUGGGCUCUUCCAUGGGGCAGAUGGUGACCAGCAGUGUGGAUGCUGUGCUGGGUAAAUCGGAACAGCUGGUGGACCACUACCUUCCCAUGACGGAUGAGGAGCUGGCUAAGCUGGCCACCUCCGUCGAGGGUUUUGAAAUCGCCACCGUGGAGCAGCAGAAGGAGCAGAGGAGCUACUUUGUGCGCCUGGGGUCUCUCUCGUCCAAGGUCCGCCACCGAGCCUACCAGCACUCUCUGGGCAAGCUGAGAGAUGCCAAGCAGGGCACCCAGGAUGCCCUCGCCCAGCUGCACCAAACCAUCGAGCUGAUGGAACAUGUCAAACAAGGGAUGGAUCAGAAGAUCCAAAGUGGGCAAGAGAAGGUGCACCAGAUGUGGAGGCAAUGGAGUCAGAAGCAGUCCCCCGAGCUGAGCCAGGAGAACGUCCCUGAGCCUGAGCAGAUGGAGACUCAAGCCUUGGAGGUCUCCCGCAGCCUGGCCCAGCAGCUUCAGUCUGCCACCAUGACGUUGGUCUCCAACCUCCAAGGCCUCCCGGCCAACCUCCACGAAAAAGUGGGCCUCCUCCGCCAGAACGCCGAGGAGAUCCGCCUGGCCUUUGUGUCUGCCGAGUCCUUCCACGACCUCUCCGGCACCAUCUUGGCCCAGAGCAGGGAGAAGGCCUCCAAGCUCCGCCAGCUGACCGACGAGUUGAUGGACCACGUGGUGCAAAACGCCCCCCUCUCUUGGCUGGUGGGACCCUUUGCUGCGUCCGGCAAGGCGGAGGCAGAGGAAAUAGAGAUGCAGUAGUAGUAGCAUGCAAGAGUGCCAGACCUUUUGAAGGCCUUGAACCAAGGAGAAGACCCCAACUCUAGGACACAUCCAUUUAGUUUGGGAGACGUAAAUUUGAGAGGGAGUGUUUUGAGGGGUUAAGUUACUGUUUUUGCCUCUUUCUUCAGUUAGGCACCAGCUUAGCUGAAAAGUCAUCUUGGAGCAAAUUCCUUGCACGUGACUAGUUUUUUUUUUGUACCAAAUUCCCUCAUUCUCAAGAAGGGGUACUUCUUGAGAUUGGGGUGAACCGCUAUCUAGUUAAGAGCAAAUCCCAUUUUCUUCUCCUUUCCUCCCAAAAUACUUUCCUCCCCUCUGAGUAAAGCUUAAUUGACUGAUCCUGAAUCUCAAGCCAACGGAAUAGUUGGGUAGAGGUGAAAUGAGAUGGCAGUUCGGCUUCCUCUCAGCCAUCCAUGUGUCCUUAAAAGAUUGUAUUGUGUAUGUUCCUUUUAUGGAAUUUGUCCCUUCCACGACUUCCUCCUAGCUCCACGUGUCACAUUAUGUACACUCAGUGCCUUGAUUCGUAAAUAAAACACUUGC